AUGCCAUGGCGCCUCGCAUGUGCCGGGGUUUUGAUCCAUUUGAUCCUGGUAUACUCAAUAUUCGACAUCUACUAUACAUCGCCCAUAGUGAACAAUGUGCCAGCGCAUGAGAUUACUACACAAGAGGCACCAGCCAAACGUUUAGUUGUGAUCACUGCAGACGGUCUGCGUUUGGAUACCUUCUCACGAAAUCCUGAUAGAUCACCUUUCUUGCAUUCGAUAAUCAGAGGACGCAAGGGUAUAUCCGGCACAUCUAGAACGCAUGUGCCGACUGAGUCUCGCCCUGGUCACGUCGCUAUUUUUGCCGGAUUUACCGAAGAUGUCAGCGCAGUGGCACGAGGAUGGAAACAAAAUCCUGUUCCAUUCGAUAGCGUUUUCAACAGGUCGAGAGAAGCAUGGAUGUGGGGAAGUCCAGAUAUUGUGAAGCUCUUCGACAACUCUCCCAACGCACAUUCUUUCAUGUAUGAUGAGAAUGAUGAAGAUUUUGGCAGUAAUGAAGCUUACAAGUUGGAUGAGUGGGUAUUCGACCAUGUAGAGGCCUUUUUCAAUAAAGCAAAGAAUGACACACAAUUGUGGCAAAGUCUGCGACAAGAUCGAAAUGUGUUUUUUCUUCAUCUCCUUGGACUAGAUACAAAUGGACAUGGGAACAAGCCUUAUUCCAAGGAAUAUGUCGAGAAUAUUGGAAUCGUGGAUCGCGGCAUUGAAAGCACACAACGAGUUUUUGAUGACUACUUCGGUGACCAGGCUACAGCGUGGAUCUUCACAGCUGACCAUGGAAUGACUGAUUGGGGAUCACAUGGGGCAGGAAGUGAUGAAGAGGUGCUAACACCAUUUGUCGCAUGGGGCGCUGGAGUGCAAAAAGGAGGCAUAAGGUCCAGUAUCGAACAGGUGGAUAUUACACCGUUAUGCGCUUCUCUUCUGGGCAUUCCUGUCCCAGUGAACUCGCUAGGUGUGCUGCCCUUGCAUGUGCUUGAUGUUUCACCGAAGUACCUCUUCAGAAGCGCAUUCUCAAACUUCUUGGAGCUCAAAGAACAGUUUAUGGCUUUGCGAGCUGAAAAAGCGAAGCGUUUAUGGUUCUCAGAUUUUGACCAAUUUGGACUACGAGCUCUUCAAGCUCUUGAGGCGGAGAUUGUGAAGUUGGCAAGAGCGCGGAGAUUUGCUGUUGCUUCGGCAUUAUUCGUUGAGAAUGCCGGAUUGAUAAAGAAGGCCAUAUUCCAUUAUCAUCGUUAUGAUCGCGCAUUCCUUGGUGCAGGCGUUAGCUGUUGCUUUAUUGCUUGGAUAGCGCUAGUGUGGUGUUAUUUGACAAGGGACCGCGCUGUACUUCUACUUACCAGGAAAACUCUUGUCCCAAACAAAGUUUUCUCGGUACUUCUUGCCGCUACACUGUUAUUCUGUCUAUACUGCAGAUUACCAGUGACAAACUUCGUUUACCUGCUUUUACCGGUGUACUUGUUUUCAAUUGUGGAAAAUUUGUUGAACAUCACUGAGAAAGUGCGAGAUUUUGCCAAAGACUGUAUAACCAACUAUGCUAUUAUGUCGUUCUCCUUCCUGCUCAAUCCUUUUCUCGGACUGCUAGGAACAAGUGUGCUACUUUUCGUUUUUGUCCUCGUUUUCAUGGACCGUCGCUUCCUUGCUGCGGUAUUUCUUCUGCUGAUGUUCUUGCCAAGCCUUUACGACUCGAAAGUGGUCGGAGAAUGGACAAAAACGUGGCGCUUAUGUUGCGCACUGCUCUUGCCAUUUCCGUUCUUUCCCAAUGUUGGAAGAUUUGAGCUUCAAGUAUUGUGCAUACUAGCGCCUGCAAUAUUGGCGGCGACGUUGCGAUAUCUGGCGAGGAAUCCGAUGUUGGUCAGGAAACAAGAAGAUUUGUGCAGACUUUCGGGAAUGUUGUUCGUUACCGCAGGACUGAUACUAAUCUCCAGCUACGUGUUUCAAAAGCCACCUGCUUUACUACGACUAGUUUCUUGGUGCUCGUUACCUUUGUCCCUGCUAGUCCCGCUGUUUUCCCCGCCUACCAUUGUCGACAAAAGCAUUUGGCACAUAAGUUCGCUCGUCGUGCCGUUCUCGCUGCUCUCUAUAGCAUAUGAAUCGAUGUUCACCUUACUAUUUCUUCCACUGCUUUUUCUGUUCCUACGCUUUGAGUUUGGCCACUUGUCAGAUGUCGAGUUUCUCCAUCUCAGAGCGGAUUACUCUGUGGAUCCAAUUUGUGCAUCGAAAUCAACUCGAGUAACGAGCACGGAGAUGAGGAGAGCCGUGGUUUGUGUGUGCUUUGUAUUAGCAUCUCUUUUUGGAACUGGUAACUUCGCGUCCAUGAACUCUUUCAACCCAUCAACCCUAGGAAGAUUCAUAUCCGUAUUCAGUCCGUUUACGAUGGCGGCUCUUCUGGUAUUGAAACUGCUCAUACCUCUUUUGAUGGUAUCGCUGCUGUUCUCAGCAGCGCUUCGAUUCAAUAAGGAAGCUAUUCAGCGACUGUCAUGUCUUGUUUUAAUCAUCACGGAUCUCAUGGCCAUGUGCUUUUUCCAUCAACUCAAGGACGACGGUAGUUGGUUGGACAUUGGCCUAAGCAUAUCGCAGUAUCUUAUUUCAAUGUGUUUGUCAAUUGGUGUUUUGUUAUUGUUACUUUGUGCCAGUCAUCUCAUGACAACUUCGAUUUCGUGGCGCACUAUAGAAAAUCUCAAAUCGGGACUAGCAAUAAAUGGCAAGGAUGAGUGCCUGCUUUGAAUGUUUUCUCUUAGUUCAUGCACUUAUUCUAGUCGUUGUCUUUCCAUCUGCGUCAAUUGUGAU